AUGUCAGGUCGAGGAGAUGGGGGUGACUCCUCCGGCGACUCUGCGGCGGAAAACAGAAAGAGGUCAAGAGAAGAGCUCGUGGCCCUGAGGAUGCAAGUUAGCUCGCUGACGGAUCAGAUGAGCCAGCUAAUGUCUCUAGUGGAGGAUACCAUGAAGGCAAGCNGAGGUGAGAGUAGCCGCUGCUCACAACCAAGGUUAUAGUAGUGCCAUGGGAGAUGGUCGUGCUGCUGUUGGCUUUGGAUACGGAGCCACAACCCCAGCGACGGGGUAGCAAAGUGUGCGGUACACUUCUUCUUCGUUCAGCGGGAAAUCGGAAGAUUUUGACGAAUGACUAAAUGAUUUCCGCAUGGCAGCUAAUGGCGCGAACGUGUUAGAACAAUUUGAAGAAAGCGGGAGCUUGGAGAUCCCCGUCAACAGCGGAAAGAGAAAGUUUUCGCUGUCACAGCAGUACCGGAGCGAGCAAGUAGAGCUCGCAUUCCACGCGCGGAACUUCCUGUCUCACGUGUUGAAAGAGAAAGAUCGGAAAAUCAUGAAGAGGGCAGAGACGCCCCAGGGGGCUCUUCGUGAGCCCAAGACCAUACACGACCCUGAAUCAUCUGUACAGCCGUCAGAGGACCUCAAGUCCCUGACGUCGACCAAGAUCUCUAGAAGUGGAAACCCCCAAAACGCCCUAAAUAAGAUGCUCUAAACCGCAAAGUCCUUAACCGAGAAAGGACUAACUGUCAACGAAACGUUCGUCCUUCACCUCUUUCUGGAUGCCCUUUCGGACAAGUAUGCCAUGACAAAGCACAACCUGCGACACGCGAAGA